AUGAAUUCGGUACCAAUUGCUUUAAAUAAAGCCGCGAUGCGCAAAUACGAGGAUCUGGAAGUUCCUUGCGAUUCCAUUUUAGCGACUUACGUAUGGGUGGAUGGAUCUGGAAUUAACUUACGAUCCAAAGAUAGAACUUUUGAUUUCAUUCCUAAAACACAUAAAGAUUUGCCAAUUUGGUACUUCGACGGCAGCAAUACAGCGCAAGCCAGCUUUGACAACUCCGACACGUUUAUUUUCCCCGAAGUUAUUUAUCACGAUCCAUUCAGGCGUGGUAAUCACAUUAUGGUGCUCGCUGAUACGUACCAAUACAACUACUCUCCGACACAAACCAACCAUCGCAAGAGCUGCGUAAUACUUUGUGAGAAGAGUGAGGUUGAGGAGCCUUUGUUCGGAUUUAAUCAAGAAUUUUUCUUAACAACGGCCGACGGGAGGCCGCUUGGUUGGCCCCCUGGAGGAUUUCCCGCGCCACCAGGUCCUUAUUACUGCGCCAUUGGUGCGAACAAGAUUGUUGCAAGGGAUCUCAUGGAAGCUUUCUUUCGAUGUUGCCUUUACGCCGGUGUGAAAGUUAACGGGAUCAAUCCAGGGACAACUCCAUCUCAAUGGAAUUUUCAGGUCGGUCCGAGUCCUGGAAUACGUGCGGCAGAUGAUUUAUGGAUGGCGCGAUACAUAUUAUCACGGCUGGCCGAAGAAUACGGCACAGUCGCAUCGUUUGACGCUCAGCCCGUUCCGGACUGGCCCGGCAACGGUACAUUCGUUUACUUCUCCACCAAAGACAUGAGAGAAGAGGAUGGUGUUCUGGUAAUCGAGCGUGCGAUCGACAAACUAUCUAGACGUCACGGAGUGCAUAUUAAUGAGUAUGACGCCAACAAUGGCGCAGAUAAUGCACGUCGUCUAACAGGGAAGCAGGGGAUGCCUCACCUACGUGAUUUCACUGCAGGUGUCGCCAACCGCAACUGCGCGGUAAGGAUCCCUCGCCAAGUUUCAGAAGAUAAACGAGGCUACCUCGAAGAUAGACGUCCUGCCGCCAAUGCUGAUCCUUACAGAGUCAUUUCCAUAAUGCUUAGAACGUGCGUUUUUGAUGAA